CCUUAAAACCUCUCUAGUUCUGUUAAAAAUAUAACUAAAAUUCUACAAUAUUUUUCAUUGCCUACUUUUAGACACCUUUUUUAAAGAGGUUUUCAGUUCUCUCUUGAAAUAUGAUAUACCCAACAUUUACCCCUUACUUGUACCAAAACAAAGGGUUGGAAAAGCCCCCGUGUGUGCUAAUUGAAUUAGCGCUUUUCCAUUGACAGGUGCCAGGUGCCUCGGCCGUAGUCCGUGUUUUUCUGCGCUAUUCUCCGCCGGAGCCUCUUCAAAUUGGCUAAAAUGCUGAACUGCAUCGGACGUUCCAAGUUUGCCGUUUUCAAUUUCGGUUUUAGCUUCCCAAAGGCAUUACUAUAAUCCAGUGGAUAUAUACUUUUUAAGGCGAUGAGCCACCAGCAUCAACAGCAGCAAUUCCAUCAUCACCAUCAGCACAUCCAUCAGGUGCAAUCGGAAUCGCAAUUGGAGCGACGUAGCUCCUCCGAUUUGGAACCAAAUAGGAAUAGGCACACGGAUCGCAUUGGCUCCUCAAUGGAUUUUCGGAAUCUAUGCCAGCGCAUCGAUGUGGAAAGUUUGAGAGCCAAAUUGCCCCAAUUGAAGUUGCCCAAAUCGCUGCCCAAGUUGCGUGGUCGCAAGAUAUUUCGCAGUUCCCGCAGUGGAACAGAUGCAGCUGGAGAAGGAGGAGCAGGAGGAGCAGUAGCAGUGGGGAGAUCCUCCAAAGAUGCAGGAGGAGGAGGAGCAGCCCACCAAUCGCAGCACCACCUUCAAGUGGCGGCUCCGCAAUCGCAGCAGUUCAUAAACCGAACGCCCCAGCGGAUCUCCACGAUCAGUUCGCUGAUGUACGAGGGCGAGCAGCUGGAGGAGCAGCUGGGUAGAUCUCAGCCAGGAACCUACAGAAGCGCUGGCAGUCUGGAUGAUGACUACUAUGCUCCGGGCAGCGGAGAGCGAGCAUCGCGACCCAUUAGUCCCAUCAAGAUACCAGCCUCGCCGCAGGGGAAUACCAAGGCCCCCGUUACCUCGCUAACCCAACGAUUGCAGCGGGGCUACAAGAGCCUCAGCGAACUGAGGAUCAGGCACAUCUUCGCCAGGCAGACGACGGUGCGAAGGGACCAAAUCGAGGUGGAUCGCUAUGUGGAGCAGUACGAGCGGGAGCUCGCCACGGAGAAGUUGGCCAGGGAGCGGCGGGAUCGGGAGAUAGCCGAGAACUAUGACAUCCAGAUCAAGACGCUGGCGGGCAGCCGGCAGAACACCUUCGACGACGACGCGGAGCUGGAGCACCGACAGCUCGAGCAGAGGAGCAAGUUGGCCCAAAGCCACGAGACGGACGAGAGCGGCAUGGAGGCCACGCCGCCGAGUCUGCCGAGUCGCCGGAAGCCCGGGAUAGCGGCCACCAGGUUCGCCAAGGUGCGGAAGCCUCCGCUGGAAAUGGAGGAGCAAUCGGCGGAGCGGGAGGAGACUCCACCACGUCCCAGUAGCUAUAGGCAGUUUGUCAGCAAGUUGCCCAGUCUACCGAACCUCCCACAGUUCUCCAGGAGCAAAGAGGAUCCAGCCAGGCAGGCGGAGAAUGAGGGAGCACUGGAAAUCCAAUCCAAUUCCAAGUUUGGCCUGAGGCAAAACAUCAAGAGACUCCGAAAGUCCAUCAAACGACCGGCCAAGAUGAAAGGCAAGGCUUCGGUAAAUCCACGAGAUUCGGAUGAGGAGGAAAACGAAGGAGAGGAGAAGGAGAAGGAGCCACCACUACCACCUGGCAAGAUCAGCUCCUCGGGGAAUCUGCGAGCCCGUCUCAGUCGCUUUGCCUCCACGGAGCAACUGCAGCAGCGCUGGCGAAAGAGCUUCAAGGAGCGGGCUCCCAAAGGGGAUGAAACCAAGGAGGAUGCCACGAAACCAGGAGGUGUCCUGGGUGGCCUGCUGCUGGGCUCGCAGCUGGAGAAGACCCUGGCCAAACUGAACGAGCGGAUGCAUCAGCUCAAGUUUUUUCAGCGAAACUCCAACGAGAAUCCAGCGAAAGCGAGGGAGCCACCCAAACCGAAUACCGUGGGCCAUGAGCCCGUGGAGAUCGAUGACGAUGAGGAGCUGGCGGCCACCUACCAUCGCAGCGAUAGCCUCGAGCAUGAGGAUCCGGAUGGGCAGGAUGACAGCGGCGAGGAUAUAUCCGCUGAGGAGGCCUUUGGCCAGAUGCAACCGGAGGAGGAAGAGCAAUCGUCAUCCCUAUCGGGAAAUGCGACCACCCACGCUGCUCGCCAAAUGGCAAAGCUGGCGGAGAUUCAGGCGGCGUCAAAGAGCGGAGCGGCCGCCUGGAGCAGCGAAUCGCUGGAGGAGAUCGCCGACGAGGACUAUCCGCGGGUGCUCAUCCACCAGGAGCACUCGGAUGCCUACGAGUCCACGCUGAUCAUAGCGGUGGCCUCGGCGAAGGGCAGUGGAAUGAGAACUUCACCCUAUCCGGAGAUUAAAAUCUCUAAGCCAGGACCUCAAAGGUUAUCCUGCUCUCCUCCAGAGAAAUCGAAAUCUCGAUCUCGAUCUCCUUCACCCGAAUUCAAGACCCCGAAAUGCGAUUCCAACAGCGCUUGGCUGCCCAACGAACGGAUCAUCGCCGGCUUCAAGGAGCAGGCCAACUGGCCAGCUCCCGCCUUGUACAAGCCCAAGAGCAUCGACAUCUUCGAGGGCUCCUCCGCGGCCUUUGCCGACUUCGAUGAGGCACUGCGCAAUGCACCCGUCCUGAGGAUCAGUGCCGGCAGUAGCAUCGAUACCAGUGGCGAGGAGGCGGACGACAGUAGCUCCCGGGUGACCAGAAUCCGCGUGCAGAGUCCGCAGAUUGGCAACAGCAGGGAGAGCCUGAUGGCCCAGGAGGAGGAGGAGGAUUGCUAUUCGGAGGAGGAGGAGGAGGACAGGGAUGCCUCGGAGCGACCGCCUUCGGAGUCGCCACCACCGCCGCCACUUCCACAGCGACGUCCGCCGCCCAAGCGACCGGCCACUCCGCCCAUUUACGAUGCAGUGCCUCCGCCGCUGCCCAUUAGCAAGCCACCUCCUCCUCCUCCUCCGCCGGCAGAGGUAGCUCCUCCAGCAGAGGCUCCCCCUGUUCCCUCUCCCACUCCCAUUGCCAGGACCAUGCCCCAGAGAAGCGCCUCCAUGUCGAGACCGGCCAAGCCGCUGGUGAAGACCAGCUCCCUGCGACUCACCUACAGGGAGCAAGUGCGUCCCGGGGAUGUGGGCAAGGUCAACAAGCUGAUAUCCCGUUUCGAGGGCGGAAGACCGAGACUCUGCCCCCGGCGAAUGCACAGCGAGGGGGAGGAGGAGGCGGAGGAGGUGGAGGUGGAUCUGCCGGAGAUGGAGAAAAUCCUGGAACUCCAGAUGAGCGAAAAAAGAGCCGUGGACUCGGUGACACCAACGAAUCGAGGAGCUGUGCUUAUACCGCAAAUAACUCUGAAUAACAAUAAUCAGGAUGAUGAUGAGAUCGUUGGGAGUGGGAAAAAGAAAACCAUGGAACUGGCUCUGGAUCGCCAGAACUCCAAUUGCAGCCGAUCCGAAUACGGUUCACCAUUAUCCUUUCCCAGCAGCCGGCGAAGCUCGACGCCCACCAACAUUUCCAUCCCGAAUCUCAGUUCUAAUCCCAACCAGAAUCAGAAUCUGAAUCAGAAUCAGAAUCCAAAUCCCAAUGCCAACCAAAUCCUGCAGCACCAACGACGCAGCCGACGAUCCAUGACCCGCGACGAUGACAAUUUCUAUAGCUUCGAUAGCGACGAAGAGAACAGCUACUACUCUAUAAGUCCCUCGGGCAGCAGUCGCUAUGUGGUGGAGAUCUGAUCGAAAAAAUAGGAUUUAAUAUAGCUUAGUUACAA